GGCGGUUCCCCUGAGGAGGGUGUUUGUCUUUAAAGCUGACGCUCCCCGUCCCCCUCCCCGCAGGGAAGGCUGAGGGCGCUGCCGGCGCUGAAGUCCUUGUUGGGGUCCCCGCCCCGGAGCCUCUCUCAGCGGGACCAUUGACCUUCAGGGAUGUGGCCAUAGAUUUCUCUCAGGAGGAGUGGGAAUGCCUGGACCCAGCUCAGCGGAAAUUGUACCUGGAUGUGAUGUUGGAGAACUACAGCAACCUGGCCUCCCUGGCUAUACCAUCAAAAGAUAACCAAGCCUUUAUGCCAAAGCCCGGAAUACAGGAUUUAUUCCCUGAAAUAAUACUGAGAGUAAGGAACAGGAAGAGAGAGAGGAAAACAUCAAUGAUGAGAGAGAAUCAUUCAUUGGCUGUGUAGCUGGACAAGUGGAAUAAGAAGUUAACUAGAAGAGGACGUUCUGCCGAGAAAAGGCGGGGGCCUGCAAGCAGGCCAUGUCAGAACAAAGUCUUGCACACAAGACUUAUUGUUCAGAGGCAGAAUUUCCUUGAGAGUACACAAAAUGGAGAUAGCAGUUAUCAGUGGAUUGAACAUUGGAACAAAUUUAAGCAAGAGUCAUGUCUUAAUCAUCGGACAAGUGAGCUUACAGUGGACCAUCGUAAAAGUGGAAAUGUCUUUGACCAAAUGUCCUCUCACAAUAUAUGUCAGGUUAUUCCUAUUGUGGAGAAGACACACCAAGUAAGUCAAUGUGUCCACACUUUUCAGCAGUCUUCAGAUUACAGUGGACAAGAGAAUAUUCAUCCUGGGGAGGAGGCUAACAAAUGGAAUCCUUGUGGUAGAAUCUCCAGUCAAAUAUACAAUAUAAAUGGACAGGAAAUCCAUAGUGGAGAAAAAUCUUAUAAAUGUAAAGAUUCUGGAAAAACAUCUAAUUGGCCUUCAGGUUGUACUCUAAAAAGGAGAAUUCGUACUGGAGAGAAGCCUUACAAAUGUAAAGCAUGUUGCAAAGCCUUUAAAUGUCAUUCAUCUCUUAUUGUACAUCAGGGAAGAAUUCAUGCUACUGCAAAAUUUUACAAACUCAGGGAAAAUGGAAAAGGCUUUAGUCAGUCCUCAAGACAUUCUCAACAUCAUAGAAAUCAUAGGGAAAAAAAGACUUAUAACUGUUCAGAAUGUGACAAAGCCUUUAGCCUACCCUCAACCCUUAUUCUUCAUCAGAGAAUUCACACUGGAGAGAAACCUUAUAAAUGUAGAGAAUGUGGUAAAGUAUUCCUCCAUGCCUCAAACAUGAUUCGACAUUGGAAAGUUCAUACUGGAGAGAAACCUUACAAAUGUAGUGAAUGUUUCAAAGCCUUUAGUGAGUCCUCCUCCCUUAAUCGUCAUCAGCAUAUUCAUACUGGAGAGAAGCCUUAUAAAUGUACAGAAUGUGGCAAAGCGUUCAUUGAGUCUGCGAAACUUAAACGACAUCAGACAGUUCAUACUGGAGAGAAGCCAUAUCAAUGUAGAGAAUGUGACAAAGCCUUUUGCCGUCCCUCAACCCUUACUAUUCAUCAGAGAAUUCACACUGGAGAGAAACCUUAUGAAUGUAGAGAAUGUGGCAAAUCCUUUAUCAGCCAUGCAGGUCUUACUAAUCAUCAAGGUGUUCAUACUGAAGAUAAGCUUUAUAAAUGUAAAGAAUGUGGUAGAGCAUUCCUCCUUGCCUCAAACAUGAUUCGACAUCAGAAAGUUCAUACUGGAGAGAAACCUUACAAAUGUAGAGAAUGUGGCAAAGCCUUUAGCGAGUCCUCCUCUCUUCAUAGACAUCAGACAGUUCAUACUGGUGAGAAGCUUUACAAAUGCAGAGAAUGUGGCAAAGCCUUUGGGCACUCCUCAUCCCUUCGUUAUCAUCAGAGAGUUCAUACUGGAGAGAGGCCUUACAAAUGUAGAGAAUGCGGCAAAGCCUUCAAGAAAUCCCAAACUCUUACUGACCAUCAGAAAACUCAUACUGGAGAGAAGCUUCAUGAAUGUAGAGAAUGUGGCAAAGGCUUUAGACAGACCUCAACCCUUACUGAACAUCAGAGAAUUCAUACUGGAGAGAAACCUUAUAAAUGUACAGAAUGUGGCAAAGCCUUUAGACGGUCCUCACAUCUUACUUUGCAUCAGAGAGUUCAUACUGGAGAGAAGCCGUAUAAAUGUAGAGAAUGUGGCAAAGGAUUCAGUGCAGCACAAUCUCUUAAUUGUCAUCAGAGUGUUCAUACCGGGGAGAAGCCUUAUAAAUGUAGAGAAUGUGGCAAAGGAUACAGUACGGCAAAAACUCUUAAUUACCAUCAGAGAUUUCAUACCGGGGAGAAGUCUUAUAAUUGUAAUGAAUGUGGCAAAGCGUUUAGCCAUUCCUCAAACUUGUCUAGGCAUAAGAGAUUUCAUACUAGAGAGAAGCCUUUUAAAUGUAAUGAAUGUGGCAAAGCCUAUGCCUAUUCCUCAUCCCUUUAUCGUCAUCAUAGUGUUCAUAGUGGAAAGAAACCUUAUAUGUGUAAUGAAUGCAGCAAAGGCUUCAGUGAGUUCUCUAACUUUACACGCCAUCAAAGAGUUCAUAGUGGUGAGAAGCCUUACAAAUGCAAUCAAUGUGGCAAAGCCUUUAGCCGUUCCUCACACCUUACUAAUCAUCAGAGAGUUCAUGCUAGAGAGUAACUGUGCUAGGGUGAGGGACUGUGGCAUGGAAGGGUUACAGAAUGUUACAGAAUGUGCUAA